GCGUCCGUAUUUUGCGGGCAACUGACUCUCUCAGCUGCUGUAAUUGCUGCUGCGGGAGAAAUUGGAGCUGCUGUCGUCGGCGCGCCCGCCCUCCCCCACAGAGAGCCACCGCCUCUUCUCUCGCUCUCCUUGUACACCUAUCGCCGGGAGCGGCGACUGCAACAGUCCGUGGACCUACCGCCGCCUUCUCAGGCUGCCGCUCGGCCGGUCAUUCCCGCAGCCCGGCAGCUGACGGCGGCCCCUGCCCCUCGUCGGCUCCUCACUCUAGAUCGUCUCCCCGGUCCCUGUCCUCGCCCGGGACCCACCACCCCACGGUGUCGCCGGAGCGGAGGACGACGAGGAGGAGACGAAAGUCACCCUCCCUCCAGGCGGCGCCGGCCCCCUCACCCGCGGGUGUGUCCUAUAAAUGGCGUCGGAAAGCGACACCGAGGAAUUCUUUGAUGCCUCUGAAGAUGUGCACCUGGGGGGCGGCUACCCUGUGGGGUCUCCAGGAAAGGUUGGGAUUUCAACAUUAAAGGAAACUGAGAACACUGCACACCAAGUUGGAAAUGAGUCUCCUGUGCAAGAAUUCAAACAAGAUGUGUCUAAAAAGGGUGAAGUGAUGGAGUUCGUAUCACAGAAGAUGAGAAGGGAAGAUAAGAGGAUUAUUGAAAGUAUUAUAGAGGAGAGUCAGAAAGUACUACACCUGGAAGAUGACUCCUCAGAUUCCAAAGGAAAAGGACACUCUGACCAGGCUACUGCCAGUUCUGUCGUGGCUGGAACAGAUCUUAGCAAUAUACCUGGACUAUUAGCCAUAGAUCAAGUACUACAGGAAGAUUCCAAAAAGGCAGAGAGUCAGAAUGCAACUGAAGAAACUGAAUUAAAAUCAAAAAGACGUUUUCCUUCUGAUGACACCUAUGAGAAGUCAGUAGAUGAAAUCACUAAGUUAACUGAAGUAAGUUCAACUGAGCAACAUCAUGUGCCUGAAAUGGAAACAGAAGUAUUGAACAAGGAAGCCAUGGAAGUCAAAGGAAGUGAGGUUCUAGAACCUGUGCCCUCAGACUCUUCAUCCGCUAAAGAUUUUGCUGCCAUGGAAGAAGUGGCUCCCGCCAAACCCCCUAGACAGCUCACUCCAGAGCCUGACAUUGUGGCUAGCACAAAGAAGCCUGUUCCAGCGCGCCCUCCCCCUCCAGCUAACUUCCCGCCUCCAAGACCCCCACCUCCGUCUCGGCCUGCUCCGCCACCAAGAAAAAAGAAAAGUGAAUUGGAGUUUGAGGCCCUUAAAACACCUGAUCUAGAUGUUCCCAAAGAGAAUAUUACAUCUGAUACUCUCCUAAGUUCGAACAUGGCUUCAGAGAAUGCAGUCAAGGAUUCCCAGCCCUCUCUUGACUUGGCAAGUGCUACCAGUGGAGAUAAAGUAGUUACUGCCCAGGAAAAUGGAAAAGCACCUGAUGGGCAGACCAUAGCAGGGGAAGUGAUGGGCCCUCAGAGACCUAGGUCCAACUCCGGGAGAGAGCUUACUGAUGAGGAAAUUUUAGCCAGUGUCAUGAUUAAGAACCUGGAUACUGGAGAAGAAAUACCUUUGAGUCUCGCGGAAGAGAAACUGCCAACAGGUAUUAAUCCUCUCACUCUACACAUCAUGAGAAGGACUAAGGAAUAUGUAAGUAAUGACGCGGCACAGUCAGAUGAUGAAGAGAAGUUACAGUCUCAGACGACAGAUACUGAUGGUGGAAGGUUAAAACAGAAAACGACUCAACUAAAGAAGUUCUUAGGAAAAUCAGUAAAGAGAGCAAAGCACCUUGCAGAGGAAUAUGGUGAACGUGCUGUGAAUAAAGUUAAAAGUGUUAGAGACGAAGUGUUUCAUACUGAUCAAGAUGAUCCUUCAUCAAGUGAUGAUGAGGGAAUGCCGUAUACAAGACCAGUCAAAUUCAAAGCAGCGCAUGGUUUCAAAGGACCUUAUGAUUUUGAUCAGAUCAAAGUGGUGCAAGAUCUUAGUGGUGAGCACAUGGGAGCUGUUUGGACCAUGAAAUUUUCUCACUGUGGCCGAUUACUUGCCUCAGCUGGACAAGACAAUGUAGUGAGAAUAUGGGCUUUAAAAAAUGCUUUUGACUAUUUCAACAAUAUGCGAAUGAAAUAUAAUACCGAAGGACGUGUAUCCCCGUCACCUUCUCAGGAAAGUCUGAAUUCAUCAAAGUCUGAUACAGAUACAGGGGUGUGCAGUGGAGCUGACGAAGACCCUGACGAUAAAAACGCACCGUUUCGGCAGCGGCCAUUUUGCAAAUAUAAAGGACAUACCGCUGAUCUCCUUGAUCUUUCAUGGUCUAAAAACUACUUCCUGCUUUCUUCUUCGAUGGAUAAAACAGUCAGGUUGUGGCACAUUUCCAGAAGAGAAUGCCUUUGCUGUUUCCAACAUAUAGAUUUUGUCACUGCCAUAGCUUUCCAUCCAAGAGAUGACAGGUAUUUUCUAAGUGGGUCAUUGGAUGGAAAGCUCCGCCUUUGGAACAUACCUGACAAAAAAGUCGCUUUGUGGAAUGAAGUAGAUGGUCAAACAAAAUUGAUCACAGCUGCAAAUUUCUGUCAGAAUGGCAAAUACGCAGUGAUUGGGACAUAUGAUGGCAGAUGUAUUUUCUAUGAUACAGAGCAUUUGAAAUACCACACACAAAUACAUGUCCGGUCUACCAGAGGACGCAACAAAGUUGGAAGAAAAAUUACUGGCAUUGAACCUCUACCUGGAGAAAAUAAGAUACUAGUAACCUCAAAUGACUCCAGAAUCAGACUAUAUGAUCUUAGAGAUUUGUCACUGUCCAUGAAGUAUAAGGGUUAUGUCAACAGUAGCAGCCAGAUCAAAGCAAGUUUCAGCCAUGAUUUUAGUUACCUCGUCAGUGGCUCAGAAGAUAAGUAUGUUUAUAUCUGGAGUACUUACCAUGACCUCAGCAAGUUUACUUCAGUCAGGAGAGACCGGAAUGAUUUUUGGGAAGGUAUUAAGGCACAUAAUGCAGUUGUUACAUCAGCCAUCUUUGCUCCAAACCCAAGUUUGAUGUUGUCUUUGGAUAUGCAAUCCGAAAAAGCAGAAGGGAAUGAAAAAGGUGAAGAUGCUGAAGUUUUAGAUACCGUGCCCUCUGGUAUCAUGAAGACAGAUAAUACAGAAGUUCUUCUUUCUGCUGACUUCACUGGAGCAAUCAAAGUGUUUAUUAACAAAAGGAAAAAUGCACCUUAAUUUGAAAUGACAUUUAAAAUAAACAUAUCAGUAAGUUUCUGUAUGUAUCAGAACUGAAAAAAGUAUAUUAUAGUGUUUCAGGCUAACAUCCUUUUUUUGUUGUUUAAUUUUUAUUGGAAGUUGUUCAAAUAUAAUAUAUUUUUUGAGUGGCAGUGUUAAUGACCUAUAAACCCUGGACUGAUAGACUAGACAGAAAUGUGGCUAGAAUAACAUUGCCAAACAUUAGGCUUUAUGUUUUGUUAUAUUUGUGUUUUUGUUACAUAAUUGUGAACAUGCACAGGUUUCUGCAUGAAAAUAUAUUAAUAUAUUAAUCCAUGUGUGUGCCUUUUGGUUACAUGCACUAAAUCUAACAGAGUUAAAUUAUUUCAGUGGCCCUUUUGGCCUCUUACGGUGGGGGGGGAGUCUUGUUUCUAGCUUAUAAAGUUUCUUUUGCACAAAACUUCAUUUUUCAGAAAAGUGGUAUUGACUGAGUUACUGUUUUGAAGAUGUUAUACAGGUUUUCAAUAGGUCAACAACUAUGUGUAAAUGGUUUUUAUAAAUUUCUCAAUUUGGGGACAAGAUUUUUUUUGUGUGUGGUCUAAAUUGUGGACUUAAGAUUCUUUUCUUUGUAUGUAUAUAUAUAAUUUUUCUUCCUUUCUCUUUUUCUUUAUCUUCUUUUUUCUUUUUCCCAUUCUUUUCUUUCUUUCUUUCUUUCUUUCUUUUUUUUUUUUUUUUUUUUUUUUUUUUUGCUACACUGGAGCACAAUGUUUCUAUGUAAAAAAUUCUUUUCAUUCUAUAUCCAUGAGCACCAGGCUUUGCUCACUUAAAAAAAUUAAGCCGCAUUAAGGAGUGAGUCUUCUUUUUUACAAUAAUGUAAAAAUGAACUGUUUACAUUUUUUUAAAGCAUUGUAGUUUUAAAAAUUAAGCUGUUUUGUUUUGUGUUGUUGAAUUUGAAAGCCUUUGUAAAUAUUGAUAUAAUGUACCAAUGAAAUAACAUCUGGGGCAAUGGAACCCUGAUCAUGUUGUUGAUGGUUAGCAUAUGUUUCUGAAAAUUAAAUAUGUAUUAUUAAAAGUUGGUCACCAAACACUUGUUAAA